AUGACGGCGGCCACCUCCUCCUCCACCUCCCUCGGCAUCGCCCAUAAAACCCUAAACCCCACCCCCUCCAGAACCCCAGGCACCAUCGCCACCACCUCCGUCUCCUUCCCCAACGCCCUGCCCACAUGCCUCUUCGCCACCUCCACCGGCUGCCGCCACGUCGUGGCCAGAAAGGUCUCCUCGCCUUCGGUCAUCGGAACCGCCAUGCCGUCGCUCGACUUCGAGACCUCCAUCUUCAAGAAGGAGAAGGUGUCCUUGGCUGGCCAUGAGGAGGUCUGUUUUGUAGCCUUCCUGUGGUCCUCCGUGCUCGUUCGGUGA